CCCUCGGCGCACACUCGGCGGUUUCUCCCCACCUCCCCCGGGCAAGGCGGGGAGGAGGAGGGGAGGGGAGGAGGAGGGGCAGCCCGGGCUGCCCGCGGCCCAUCUGUCAGCAGGGCCGGCGGGGAGGCUCGCCCACUCCGCUCCCCCCGCCCGGCCGGUCGAGGGCGGGGCCCCGCCGGCUCCCGUCCCAGCGGCCCCGCACGGGCAAGGCCUGUCGCUGCCAAGGGAGGCCGGGCCCGCCGCGCGCCUCCUCUCAGCGGCCCAGGCCGCGGCCGCGCCUUCUCCUCCGUCGCUGCCGCCCUCGGCCCCGCGGCCGCGCCUCCCGCCACAAGACUCUUCACCAUAGCCCACGUUACCAUGGCCACCCACUUUUCCAAGGAUCAGGAGGAGAGAAUCAAGUAUGUUAAAGGGGACCUUUUCUCAUGCCCCAAGACGGACUCAUUGGCCAAUUGCAUCAGCGAGGACUGUCGCAUGGGUGCAGGCAUAGCUGUUCUUUUUAAGAAAAAGUUCGGAGGCGUACAAGAGCUGUUAGAUCAACAAAAGAAGACUGGGGAGGUGGCAGUCCUCCAGAGAGAGGACCGAUACAUUUACUACCUGAUUACGAAGAAGAAAGUUUCUCACAAACCAACAUAUGAGAAUAUGCGAAAGAGUUUAGAAGCCAUGAAAGCUCACUGUCUGAACAAUGGGGUUACUGACAUUUCCAUGCCUAGGAUUGGAUGUGGACUUGACCGCCUGGAUUGGAAUAAAGUUUCAACAAUACUUGGGGAAGUGUUUGAAGACACAGAUAUAAAGAUCACAGUUUACACUCUGUGAGCAAAAGAGUUUGAGAGCCCCGUUGCCCUUGCUUUCAGGAGUGGAAACCUGUUAACUGAUGAGGGAGGAAACUGCAUGCUAGCACACUGUUCCUCUGAGCGUAGCUCGCUCUUUUGUUGUCAGUGGCAGUGGCUUUUAACAACAAGAAAAGCUCCAGAGCAGCUAAUUUGGGAUGUAGUUUUGAAGGAGCCUGUGAAGAAGGCAGAAGUGUUGUGGGAACCCUGGGGCCCACAGGGCUUACUGUCCCAGUAAGCCACCAGAUGUCACUGGUCCUCCACGGAGCAUCUGCCUGCGCUUGAGCUUCUCCUUAAAGCUGACAGUUCCUGUGCAGAGUGAAAUUGGAGCUGUCUGCUGCUUAGGUAUUUGUUGGUUUGUAGUUACGGUUGAUAGUGAUGAGCUGUGGAGCCCUGUCACUUUUUUUUUAAAGUUUUGUGAUGUUCGUAUCUAGCAUACAGUUUACUCUGUUACAGGAUUAAAAACUUAAUUUCUACCAUCUGGCUACAGAUACUUUUUUUUUUGUUAGGAGAUUGUACGCAGUAAGAAUCAUGCUGUCAAUGUUAAACAGCUCUCAGUACUCUGCUGUCAGAUCAGAGCACAGGCCUUUUGAAAGGCAUGCUAUGUCUGUAUGUGGUGUGGCUGUAUUUUGGAGGAAAGCUGGGUUUUGAAGGGGAAUGCGGGAGAUGUGUAAAGACACCUGGUAGGUGCAUUUUAUACCAUAUCAUUAGUAUAGUCUGCAGAACUCAGUUUUCUGAGAAUCUUCACACGUGAAUGACUGUGCUGUUAGAAGUCAUAGUGUGAAGUUUAAGGCUUGUUUUUCGUAUUUGUUUGUUUUACUGCAUUUGUAGUUUAGCUGUUACAUGUAGGUUGGUGUUUGAUGUCACCAAAAGCAAAUCAGUAACACAGUUUAUCAGAUCAUUGGUAAACACUUGAUUUUUCAAAGUUUGGUUCCAGUACUGAAGAACAACCUUAUAUUCCACAUUUCCUUUAUGUGUGUUUUUUUUCUUACCCUCCUGUAAUAACAGAUCUUUUUAACUUCUCUUAUACUGAAUGCCCAGAAAAAUGCCAGAUAUGUUGAAUAAACCUAAAAGAUGGGACAUAACAGUUGAGAAGUUUGUAGCACAACAAUAGGGUUCCUAAUUUUUUUUCAUGAUGUAUUGAAUGGGUAGAGCGUUUUCUGUUCUGUGGGUUAAUCUGUAUUGUGUGGUUUCUCUGCUGACGCAGAUCUGCAAAUCCUGUUUGUGUCUUUAAGAACUUCAUAAUCUCACUCUCCCCCUUUGUUGACCAUCCUUUGUAAACUUGUUUUUGGUGGAUAAUUGCUGUAGCUAAAUACACAACUGGAAAAGUAAAUAAACUCUGUAAGACGAAUU